AUGGGUGUAGUCCCCAAAGACACACCAUUCCUGUCUAAUCAGAGCUGCAAAUCAGUGUGCCCUUUAGCCAUUGCUAAAUGUAAGGAAGACAGGUAUGUUGUAUUUAAAUUUGAUUCGUUAGUCAAAUAGUUAUUUGUUUCCAAAAUAACUAGUUUUGAAAAUUUUUAUUGUACCUUUUGGACUGUGUAAUAUUUGGUUGUUGACCAGUUAUACAUGCAAGCUGAAAUAAUUUGUGGGUUUACAACAAAUUUUUUGUAUGAGGCCUUAAGGCCCCAGUAGACGAGCAUAUAAGUUUUGAAAAUUUUACCACAAAGGUCUUAAUUUAUUAGUGGGCCUUUCAAACCCGACCUUAUGUUUUAAACUCUUAAGUGGCUGUCCACCUAAGAGCGGUCCGGCGAGUUUGGGAUCGCCAGUAAACUUUCCCUUUAUAUUUUGUGGGUGAAAAGGACUUAAUGAGGAAUGAUUAAAAUCGAACUAAUUUUUUUCAAAAUCUUUUUCUGUGCUUCGCUACAGCACAAAACCUCUUUCCUGUCUGAGAGCGCUUUUUCAACUUUAUUCAAUGGCCAAAAUUUAGUAAUUUUAAAAGCCGCGCCUCUUCGUAACGGAUAAAUAUCGCAAAAUUCUACAUAGUACAACGGAUUUAGCUGCAUUUGACUUGUCCUAUGACGGAAUCUUGGAUAAUUUGACGCAAAAUUAAAUUAAAUUAAUAAGAUCAAAGACGAGCCACUUUACGGUUUUUUUUUCUCCCUUGACAAAUUCCUCCAAAGUAAAAGCUAAAAUCUUCAAAGCGGUACAAAAAUCACAGGCAAAAUGCACUUCACAGCAAAGAUCUUACCUUAUUCUGUUAGAAAAUAAAGUCAAAGGUGCGGGUAUCAUUCUGUGCAGGACGCGAACAAGCGUUUUUGAGAGCUCCUUUUGUCAAUAUUUACCUAAAAUUGCACGUUUGGCGCCUACACUUAAACUCAUAUGAUAAGGCUGAUAUUUUUCCCACGGGGCAGAAUCUUGGUAUGCUUCGUCAAAAUAACGUACAUUUGUUGUUUUGUAAGCCGUCUUAGGCCUGUAAACCGGCAUAAAAAUGUCAUGAAAUACAUGUAGGAAUUCUUCAUCUACUCGUAUAUUAUGCAAAUUUAAAAGCCCAUUUACAGCGGGGUUGUCGAUUUCAGCAAUUUUCAAAAUCGUAAAGAACACAAUUCACUUCUGGUCAAACGAAGCCCGUUUUGAGUUUGGAGUCUCAGCAACUAAAAGGCUCUUUAAUAAAGACUGAAUUCAGCUCAAUUUCCUUUUGGGUUUUCUUCAUGGUCAUAUGCUAAUUAGGAUUGUUGUCACGCAAUGAAAGCGGAUUUGGAGAGUUUAAAGGAGAAAGCAAGUUGGUGCCUCUUAGUCAAUGUAACAGGUGAGCGUUAUUUACGGCUCGAUUCGAGGCGAUGUCACUUAACGAAAGAAAAUAUUGCAGAGAGCGAACUUACUUUGCGGCAGGCUGGGUAUUUUGGUAAAACUGCCCAACAAGGUGAAAAAAUGUUUGUAUGUCCGAUACAUCGUGCGAACCUAGGGAAGGACUGGGGUAAUCCAACUGGCUGCACAGAAUGCUGAUAUCCAGACCAUAAGGGAAAACACACUUGUGCUGAAACGUGACAGAGUGUGGGGGUCAGACUGUAAAAAUUGCCGCCAACCGAGGAACUUCCAACAAAUCUCCUAGUGGUGUCUGCAAAUUCGAGGCUAGUGGAUGGGCGGCUGCAGAAGUUAAGGGGAGGCGGGACAAGGUUUAGCGAGAAAGUCAAGUCUUACCUCACCGCACGAUUUGAUGUUGAUACACAAACAGGCAGGAAACCAGAUCUUUCUGAGGCCGCAACGGACAUGAGAACGACCAGAAACACAGGUAGUUCAAGAACGUUCCAGAGACGAAUGGCUUACAAAGGGACAAGUUCAAUCAUUCUUUUCCAGACUGUCUGCAAUCAGCAGGAAAAAAGGGCUGACCAAAGCCGAAAAUGUUGAAAUUUGUGACGAAUGAGAUCUGCUCUCAGUGCUCUUGCAAGAAGAAAUUGCGUUUCUUAUUGAUGAACGUAGAGACAAGGAGGUCGAACAUAUUUUCAACAAGAUGGGCGUAAUACAUCCCAUCAGGGACGAUGGCCAUGAUAUCUGCGAGCAGACCAACCAAGAAGUACUCUCAAAAUUCAAUGUGAAAACAUCUGCGAAUAUUUUGAACUGUCGUUCAAAUCUUAAGAUACAAAGGCUGCUCUAAUAAAUACAAUCACAGACAUGGUGAAAGAAUGCAGUCACUGCCGCACCACCCCGUAAAUGGCCAGGGACUGGCAAAUUGCCCCAUUGCAUUGGGGUGGGCCGAGUUGCCUAGAAAAUUCCUAUUGUUUCUAGGCCGAGUUCGUGGAAGUGUUUUCUCUUAAAUUUCAAGGUAUGUUGUAUGCUUGUAUAAGACGAUAAAUCUCAAGUAACUUAUAACUUGACAUCAACCCUUAAAAGUAUGUGACCUGCUUCUUCGUUCAGUACUUUAUUUACAAUACUAGUAAAAGAGCAGGCCCCAGUUGUUCAAAAGUUGGGUAGGGCUAUCCAUCGGAUGAAUCUCUAUCCAAUUGAUAAGUAUUAGGGAAACCAAUUGCUCUAUCCAGUGGAUAGUGAUUUAGACGGGAAAUAGCGCUAUCCACCUAUUGAACAACUGGGCCCCAGAAGGAUAAAUGUUGCCCGCAGGAGAGGUUUUUUUUCUUUAAUAGAAUUUUUUCUUAUAGAUAUGAGUUAAGAUCAUUAUUGUGACACUUUACUUUUUGACAAUAAGACAUAAAUAACGUAAAAAAGUCACCAAUGCAUAUCAGCGGCACCCAACGACUGUUUUCUGUGAAAUAUCUGUUCGCAGAAGCAAAAUUGCCCAGAAUUUUCUGUAGUUUGAGGAAGACUAAAAAUUUAUUAGAUGACCGUUCCAUGCAUGUACAAUUUUUGAAGCUAACCUAAUAAAUUCCCUACGAUUUUCUGAAGUUUAGUUUUUCCUAUCUCACACCCAGGUUAAGCUGUUUUUGGUAGAGAAAGGAAACCUAAAAUUCUCGGAAUCGAAAAUGCGAUACAGAAAGGAAUCAGAAAAAUCCUCACUUUCGUAAAAUUUUAAAUUGCAGCUAAAAUUUUCGGGAAAAAAGACUCACGGUUGCCCUAGUAUGGCCCAACAGAUAAAAGUUUUUUUAGCGCCACUUGGAAUACAUUUCUAGAGAUCUAAAAGUACUCUGGAUAGCCUAAAAAGUGUUCUCAAUGCAUUUAGGAGGAAACCGUCGUUGGGUGCCCCUGGCAUAUAAUAGGAGUUAGGAUUUUUUCUGGUAAUGAAUCAAUUUAAUUACAAGCAAUGUGGCACUUUACGUGUUCUUGGGCGUGGACCGUUCGAUUAUUGAUGGGGGUGGGGGCUGCAUUAAUUUUGGCUUCUUGAUAAAGCUGUAUAUAUGUAUGUAUAUAAUAGAAGUAGACUGACGGGACUGGAUUAUAUCUUGAACAUUUAUUGCUACUCAGUGAGUCAUGCCUCUUGCGAGGCGAAUCAUCAGGUAAAACAAAACAAUAAACGCCAGGCGUGAUGCCAAGCGUGGUCAUUGCACGCGUGCUGAACAAGAAUGCUGUAUAAUGACAGACUAGAAACAAUAGACAACUCCCAAAGCACAAACUCAGCCAAAACGCUAAAAAUCUUCAAUGUUUACUCAAGUUUGGGCUUAUAGAAGAUAAUGUCACAGUUUUUCAAUGACCAUGAAAUUCAGAGUCCGGGUAGUUAGUUAAUCAAUUGUGGCCCUGAAAAAAUUUGAAGGAAAAAAACUACGAAUUUUUAAGAAAAUGCUUUUUUCGUGAGAAGGACUCUUAAACGCUGACAAACGUCAACAAAUAGCGAAAACUAUAAUUUCUAUAUGUUUGCUUUGCUCGAAAUCGCGCGCAUUUACAAGGCCCUAAAGCGUUUUGCUGACUUGCAAGGACCCAACUGUUAUAACGAUGCCGAAAAUAAAGGGAUGAAUCUCAUAGUUUAAUGAGAUAUAAUCCGUCUAAAGUUUGCUUAUCAUUUUCGCAUAAAUUAUGACCUAAAUUUGGAAACCGCUGAAUUUCUCGAAUUGGGUCUUUGCGAUUUUGGUUAAACUCUGUUCAGCGCAAGGCACUAAUGCGCACUAUUUGUAGCCGAGAGAUUUUCACGAUAAAAUGCCGGCAACAGCAGAUUUUCGACUCAGACCUCAAAGGGGCGUGGAAUUAUAACCACGUGACAUUUACUCCGAUCGCCAAAAAUUUUAUGUAGAUUGAUCUAUAUGUUAUCCAUUCUAUGUGUUAGACUUACGAUAAAAGUAAAGAUGGGGAUACCAGAGAGCUUCAAAGUAGGAUGGUACCCCCCCAAAAAACUGGGUCGAGUCACCUUAACUAUUGAGCACUUGAAUAUAUUUAUAUAGAUAUUUGCGCCUUAUAAGUUUUUGAAAUCGCCUUAUAAGUUUUUGAGCACUAUCGAUGAGGGGCCCAGAGGACACCACUCUGGCACUUCGUUGUAUGUAUAAUAUAUAUUAUCCUUCCAGCCCUGUAAAAUUCCUUUUUAAUCUCGGUGCCCUUGUCCUCCCCCCCACCCCCUAUCAAUAAGGUAAUGGUUCACCCUUUAUUUGUUUAUACAAAGAAAGGGAUCGAUACAAGAGGUAUAUUGCGUGACAAAAAUGCAAAUUAGCAUAUGACUGAAGGCGUGUGGGACAAACGUUCAAUACUUCCCGCACUCGGAAAAAUAUAUUACAACAGACAUACCCUUCACCAAACUUAAAGUGAUUCAUAAUAAUUUCUCAAGAGCAACACGAGAAAAGUCACCCGAGGUGAGAGAAUCCGACAUGUUCAUCAUAAAUGAGGGAUAAACACGGAUGUGGGAAUUCAAAUUCAAAUCAUGUCAAAUGCUCGAAACGGAAAAAGAAACUCAAAUGGAAUAUGAGAUAAAUUUCUAUUUUAAGAAGGGUAUCCAGUUGCUGAGUUUCCAAGCUGAAGAUUGAUUACAUUUGAGAAGAAGUUAAUAACCACACGUAGUUUGAGAUUUUAACAUAGCUGAAAUGGACAACCUGUCUGUAAGCAAGCACGAUUUGCAUAUCCGACGGGUUGAUCAAGAAUGUCAGUUUUGGCAUUUUUUUCGGCUUUCAUUUAUACAAACUUAAAAAGGCUGGUGAAAAGAAAACACAUGUUCGUUAUUUUGAAGAUACACGACAACAUUCUCAGCUACUGAGAAAAUAUCUACUAAAUUAAAGUCGUUGUGUGUGAACCGUUAAGCGGGCAAAUCUAUGCAAAUAAUGCCGAAAAGAGGCUGUUAAUAACGUUUUCAUCACGUCCAACCCAGAACGAUACCCGCACCUUUGACUUUAUUCUCUAACAGAAUAAGGUAAGAUCUUUGCUGUGAAGUGCAUUUUACCUGUGAUUUUUGUACCGCUUUGGAGAUUUUAGCUUUUACUUUGGAAGAAAUUGUCAAGAGGGAAAAAAAAACGCAAAGGGGCUUGUGUUUGAUUUUAUUAAUUUAAUUUAAUUUUGGGUCAAAUUAUUCCAUAUUCCGUCAUAGGACAAGCCAACUGCAGCUAAAUCUAUUGUACUAUGUAGAAUUUCGCGAUAUUUAUCCGUUACGAAGAAGCGCGGCUUUUAAAAUCACCGAAUUUCGGCCAUCGAAUAAGGUUGAAAAAGCGCUCUCAGACAGGAAAGAAGUUUUGUGCUGUAGCGAAGCCCAGAAAAGGAUUUUGAAAAAAAUUAGUUCGAUUUUAAUCAUUCCUCAUUAAGUCCUUUUCACCCACAAAAAACAAAGGGAAGGUUUACUGGCGAUCCCAAACUCGCCGGACCGCUCUUAGGUGGACAGCCACUUAAGAACUAUCUGCCGCAGACUAGACUAGCAGUAUGGUAUUUCUUUUUCCUUUUUUUUUUUCACUUUAGUAAUAACUUCAGUUUACCAGUAACUUUACUUUUUAUUAUUAUUAGGGAAAACCUAAAAAAGCUGAUUGCUAAUAUCAACAAACAAAAGGAUGCACUAAAGAAGAAUGGAAUCACAGUGGAUGGAGUGCAUUAUGCUGUGAGAUUUAAAGGUAAGUUUCACAUAAUAAUUAAUAAGGUAUUUUUUAGUACCAUAAUUUUCAAUCCAAAUGCCUGCAUGUACAUUGACCUUUUUUUUAAAAUUUAUAUCUACAGUUAUACUUGACCUGAAGGCCCUCUAUCUUUUGCUGGAACAAAUAGGGAAACGAACUUUCAGCUUGGGAAACGAGGAACUGAAGUAGAGUGUUGCUUCAUCUGCACAGCUUUGAGGGUAUGUGGAUAUAUUCAAAAUCUCUGAGUCAAAAAAUUCUACUAUACAGGUUUUGACCUUACCAAUGACCAACUUACCAAUAUAGUACUAAUAGUUUUUCAGUUUUGCUGGGUAAAAUUUCUUAUUAAAAACUAGCUAUGAAUAAUUGCUAUUUUUAUUGUUACUUUAUUAGGGAUGUAAUUGCGAUCUUGGUCUGCAUACAGUUUGUUUGGAACACUUUAGCAUGUCCAAGGCCAAUAUUGGAGGGUAAUUUAGUUAUAGUUUUGGUUUACUAAGACUUCUCCGAUGAUACUUGUUGAGGCAUGCAGCCCUUGAUUUUUCAUGAAUUUCAGCAUUUGUAGUUGUCAUUUUGAAUUCACAGUAACUUCUAAUUAUAAAAGACAUUCAAAACAAGAUUAUCUCAAUACGGUUAACCUCUAUUCAAAAAAAUAAAUUCCCUGGUAUAGUGAGUGAAUCUCGUCAUCCCAGCAUUUAUAGCUUAGUAUGUUUUCUGUAAAAGACUAACUUUUUAUAUAGACCUCAUUUUAGCAAUAUUUUAUAAAUUAAGCCUUGCCUUUUGUAAAAGGGGAAGUUCCACUGCAUGGAAAAGAAUCCAAAAAAGCAUUUUUUUGGACAAACAUGGUGUUUAAUGCCGUCUAUAAAAUGUUUGAAGUUAUCCUUGUCUUGUUUUCCUAGAGAGCACAUAUUAUUUUUCCAUAAUAAUAUAUCACAGUCUUCCUUUACUGUAGGUGCGUCAAUAUUGUAGGGGCACUGUACGUCAUAAAAGACUGAAAACCUGUCGGGUAAAAUACUUGAGUUUGAAAUCUAUAAACCUGUAACCACUUCAGGGGAGAUAUCCCCUACAACUAACAAAAUAAUGGAUCUUCUUUUUUAUAGUUUCAAAGGUAUCCGUGAUGACUUAGAGUUCCUUCUUGAUUAAUCUCUGCGCCCUUCACUGCGAACUUAGAAAUACUGAACAGCUGUUGUCAUCAUUGGGUUUGUUUUCGUACAAAGUGGGUUCACUUGAUGAAUGUAAUGACCAAUUGGCAAAUUAUGGCCCUGAGAAUUUUAGCAGCAGAAUAACGGUGAAGAUGAAGGAUAUGGGCCAAGAAACUGCUGCUGAAAAGCACAACAUCCAGGUGUCUUCAUUUUCAGGUACCUUCUAUUUUGUUUCAUCCUUGUCAUGAUUGCUUUCAUUAGCUUUAUCCACUUCGGGGCUUUUACUUCUGUGCUGUAGCAGCUGCGUGAGUUUCAUUAUAAUUGUACAAUACCAGCUUGAUCCUGAUAUGAAAACUGUAAUACUGGUUUGUAAAUGCAUGAAGAUGUCAUUAAGGACAUUAAGUUGUGAAUUUAAAUCCUGUUUGUUUCUUUCUGUACUAUUUUUCCUGAAGGUUCUACUGAACGUGAGUUCCUCACAAACAUUGAAACGAUUGUCAGGAACUCCUUGCCUCAUGACAAAUUGAAGUCAUAUUUUGCUGAUCCAGAAAGCUCUAAAGAGGCCCUCCUGAAUAAAGUCACAUUUUGUAAUGAUAGAAUCAAGGUAUGGCUCAGGAUAUUACAUGAUUUCAAUGUUUCACUUAAACCAGUGCAACACACAAUAAUAUUCUUUGUGUAGUAAGUAGAAACAUACACUGAAAAAAAAUGGUUUCUGUUUAAAAUAUUCAAUGAAUUUUGAAUAAUUUGUUUUAGUACUAUCAGGACAUGGCUAUUUCAGACACAUUCACCAAAGACUUUGGUUCAAAGCAGGAGACUACUACCCUCACAGGUUCAGGUACAUGUUACAGUCAUUAUACUAGCUGUUAUUUAAAACCUUUCCUUCCCUUAAACCAGACAGUUUGAAUUAAUGACCGCAUUUACAUCCAUCUACACUGGAAGUUGUGAUAGGCUAGCAGAGCACUGUUAGUAUUAAUACAUACAUCAUUAUUGCAUCAGAUUACGGCAUCCCAGCUGAGUGAAUGUUCCUUAGCAUGUACAGCACCCCCUGUGGUUUGUUUUCUUGCAUAAUAGUCCUCCCUUAAAAAGAAUACCCCGUUACACUUCGUGAUGUGACUACCUAUAACCUGUUUUCCUUAGAAACUAGAAAAGAAGUUCAAAGAAGACUGGAAUUCUGGCAGGGCAGGCUAUACGUGAAAUCGAGGGAAGAUAUGUGGAGCUGUCAGAGAAGUGUGUUGGUGGGUCGGUUGCUAAAGGGAAACGAGGAAAGAAAAGGAAGAAGGUAAACAAUGCUGAUCUUUCUCAGCUAUCUGAUUAUGCAGCAGAAGUGUUCUACCAAUUUUUUUUUAAAGGUAAUCAAAUAAUCAAGUCCUUUUUUACUUAAUUGGAAGACACAUGGGACAGUUUUAUGCAAAAUAAGAUAUGGGGCGAAAUCCAGACAUGUUUGUGAGUUGAAACUAGGCAAGCUGAUUUUGCCUUUUUGAACAAAAUUCUUAACUUUAACAAGUGGCAUUACAAAACACAGGCCACAAGGUAAGGUCACUGCAUGCUCUUUUAAAAAAAAAACUGAGAUAGGCAGUUUCCCCUUAACUAAAAAAACACCUCAUUUCUGAUUGUAAUUUGGGCUUUUCGUACCCUAAUUAUUCAUUUUGAUUUCAGGUUUACACUGACUGGAAAGCCUGAUUUCUGAAGUUAUUAGAAGUAGUGUCUUCGAGGAAGAUCAGCAAGAUUUAAUUGACAUUUUUGACAUACAGGUAUGACUGUCAGGUAAUUCAAUUUUAGUAAGAAUGUAAAGUACCAUUUUAAAAUGAAGUCCUCUUAAUGUAAAAUAUGCAUAAUGUCUAAAACUAUUACAAUAAUAAAUUUAGACGAGAAGGUUAAUACAGCUGUAUUUUUUGUAGUGGAGUUUCUUGUAAAUCUUUCACCAGAGACCAGCAAUUAAAAGCCGCGUUGCAUGACGCGAAAUUCAAAAAUAAUUUCCAGUCUGAGUCACUUUAACUGACAUUCAAAAACUCAUUAAUAAUCCAUGAAGAAAAAACAAAAGAAAGAAAUGUUUAAUGAGUGUCUAUCUGAUAAAGGCACGGCUAAACUUUACAUCCAAUUUUUUAGAUUAAAAAAAAAAACAGAUCUGAACAUUUAAGUACAAGAUCUAUAUCAGAGAUUUUGAAGCCGUUCAAAAAAUCUGCAGACAUGUAUAAUCAGAACCUGGAAAUACACUCAUGCUGGUCUUUUAAACAAAUACUUAAAGUUUGAUUAUAGAAUGAGGCACAUACAUUAAUAUUUUAAAAGUAAAAAUUUUUAUCUCUCCUAAAAUGUUUAAGAUAUUCACAAAGUACAGGUCACAUUCCACAGGUAAGAAGUGCAUGUCACUGCUCGACAGAUAAAUUGACAAACCACACAGAUUCCCUUCUAUAAUAGAGCAUUUUGUUAAAAGUUUAGGACUUGCAAACACUUUUAAUUCUAUAAUAUUCAUUUGUCUGUAUCAUGGUGAACUAUACUCUGACCUGUGGAAAAGGUACUUGUAUUUUAGACCCGUUGUCAGUUACUGCACAGUCUUCAAUGUUGAUUUUGACAGUUUAUUCACUCUUUUUUAAGGGAAGUGUUUGGCUGCAACCUGGGCACUAGUGAUUAUGGCCACAUCACCAUUGAACAUGCCAGCAUGCUGUUAAGAAACCACCUCAGCUUGAGGGAGUAUUCAAAUCAAGGCUUUGAGGCAGCACAC